AUGCUAAAGACAUGGUAUUCUUUCCUGCUGUGUUGGCUGUCCUUGCAGUUUGAGGCUAAUCCUGGUGUUAAAGUGAGGAUUACUCAGAAGGGGCUGGACUACGGCAGGAGGAUUGGGAUGGAGCUCCUGAAGCAAGCAGUAUUGAAAGAGACCUUCCCAAGCUGGAGUGGGCAGGAGAGUUUCUCAGUUGUUAAGGUCAACUAUGUAAUUUCAAGGCUCAGAAUUAAUGCUGUUGAUUUCCCAGAAACUUCUGCUUCUUUUAUUCCUGGCACUGGGAUUAGUCUGUCGGUGGCACAUGCUUCUGCUACAAUCAGUGCAGACUGGAGAAUGAACACGUGGCUGCUCAAAGACCAAGGAGGAAUUACUGUGUCCAUCUCAGGACUGUUUAUUGCAGUUAUCUUCAAAGUGUCAAGGGAUAGCACAGGCCGCUUGUCCAUGUUGCUACACAAUUGCCAGCUGAGCAUUAAUAGUGUAAAAGUCAAGUUAAACGGAGGACCUAGCUGGAUCUACAGCUUCCUAUAUGGUUAUCUUGAGAAGUCCAUUCACAUCAAAUUGGAUAAAAAUCUAUGCCUAAUUAUCAAAUACAAAAUCCAAGUGAUGGAUGCACAACUAAGAAAGCAUAAGGUCUUAAGCCAGAUUGAUGCCUUUGCACAAAUUGACUAUUCCCUAGUUAGCUCUCCAGCAGUCUUCAAAUCACACAUUAACUUGGAUUUGAAGGGUGAUUCCAUGCUAUACCUGGGAGUCUCCAGUUAUUUUCUUAAGUCUGCUUCACUGGCUUACUACAGAGCAGGGGCCUUUAACAUCACCGUCUCCGAAGAGAUUGCUACUACUUUUAAGCUAAAUACUGCCUUUUUCAAAGACUUUGUUCCUAAGCCUGACUUCUCCAUGCAAAGAUACCUGGAGAUUAUAUACAAUGGGAAGUAA